AUGAGCGGCCGAAACGGCUACGGGAACGGAUACGGCUACUCCGACACCGGCCGCUACGAAACGAACGAUGGCGGAUAUGGCGGUACCAACAACAACCUUGGGGUAAACGGAUACAGUGGACGGGGUGCUGGAGCACCACCAGGCGGAGGUGGACGGUCAGAUCGUCGCCCGGGAGGCUACGGUGGCUUCUACCCCGACUCGAAUUCGCAGUCGCCUAUUUCGCAGAGCCAGUCUCCAGAGCGCCGGCGCGAUCGAGGAAAUCGGGACUACCAACAGCCCUCGCAGUCCACUUCCACUUCGCGGUCUCGGACGAGGAAUCAGGAUGCUGAUAGGCGAUACCGGGAGGAUCGGUCUAGAGAUGCGAGUCGGCGUGCGGAUACUAGGGAUCAGGAGAGGAAUGCGUCGCCUGUUGUUAGAAGGGGGACUACCUCUGGAGAGUCACAGGCUAUUGAAGCUGUGCUUCAGUCGAUUCAGCGCGAUUGGGACUUCAUGACCGACGCCGAGUGUGUGCCGGUACACGUUGCUUUGAGCUUGAUGGAUACGAGUACAUUGGGCAAGGCAGAUCGCGAACCGGACUUCCUGCAUAUGUACAAUGAUAUUCAGAAGACACUGAAGGCUAUUGUGAAUGAACAUCACCAAGGUUUCAACAGUUCCAUUGGUACUUAUCACAAAAUCCAGGCGAACAUCUCUUCUUCGCAAAAUCGAGUGCGCAACCUGAGACACGCCCUUGACCAAGCCAAAUCAGGAUUAAUAUCGACGAAGCCUGAGCUGAAAGGACUGGCAACGUCCUCUCAGAACUACGAUGACAUUGUUCAAUUGUUCACUCAGAUUGAAGAGGUUCAAUCUCUUCCCGAAAAGCUCGAAUCCCAGAUCUCGGACAAGCGAUUCCUUGCAGCAGUGGAUGUUCUUCACGCCGGUCUUCGACUGCUACGGCGUUCGGAACUGGAGGACAUUGGCGCCUUGUCUGAUAUCCGUGCUUAUUUCAUUAACCAGGAAACAUCACUUACGGAUAUCUUGAUUGAAGAGUUGCACGAUCACCUAUACCUCAAGUCACCAUAUUGCUCUGAUCGGUGGAAAGCGCCGACUACUGAAGGAGAGGUGAAUACAUCCAGUUGUACCGGAAACCGAUCCUGGGAGCGGCCUAUCUAUAGUUUCCUUGCCAAGUUCGAUCCGUUGACGCCCAUGGUCGAGGAUGCCUCCCGAAACCCGGAGGCAGACACCUUCUCCUAUAUUCAGCUGUUGAUCGAAGCACUUAACAAGAUGGGUCAUCUUGAUGUCGCAGUUCAUCGGAUUGAGCAGCGUCUUCCAGUCGAGUUGUUUGCUGUGGUGGAUAAGACGAAUGCCGACGUUGAUACUCGCUACCCUGCCCCCACUAAAAGUUUCUCAGCCCAGGACAACAAUUACAGCAAGUCCAAUCUCCCGACUGAUAUCAUUGAAAAACGUGGCCAUGUGCUCUCCGAGUUCCUGUGGGCACUAUAUGCCAAGUUCGAGGCUAUUGCAGAGGGUCACCGAGUCCUUCAUGAUGUUGUUUCGGCUAUUGUGGAGCGAGAAGGCCUCAUCAAAAGUGAGACACUUUCUGGUGGAUUCAAGGAGUUGUGGAAACUCCUGCAGAGCGAGAUACGGUCCCUCAUGCACGACUAUCUUGCGACAGAUGGAGAUUCCUCUGUCCGAUCUAGAGGCGAGGAGUCUGACUCUCGACGCCAUCUGUACUCGGGUAACCGUGAUAAGAACAAGAAAAUGUUCAAGCUAUCCGACAUUGAGCAAAGCUCAGAGAUGAAAGCCGAGCAAGAUGAGCUGGACGAGAUUCUCAAAUCCUCUGUGCCAGGGCUGGUUUCCAAGUCAAGGCAAAAGGCCGCCACGAAUGAUACUUCACAGUCCAGCAAGGGUAAUUCAGGGACUGGCCACAAGAUCUUGCUCGAGCCCAGUGUCUUCAAUAUGGGUCUCCUCCUACCACCUUCCCUAUCCUUCAUCCAGCGUCUCAAAGACAUUGUGCCUGUAGAUGCGGAUAUUGCCAUGAGCACAUUGACUUCCUUUUUGGACGACUUUAUGGUCAACGUCUUCCUGCCCCAGCUGGAUGAGACCGUGACGGAUCUCUGCACGCUCAGCUUUAUUGCUGCUGAUGCAUUUACAGAGGACCCCCAAUGGGCGAAGGUCUCUCCUCGGCCUAUUUUCAAGGGAACGGUCAAAUUCAUGACCAUUGUUCGAGAGUUUAGCAAAAUGCUGUCUAGUAUUCCACACGACCAGGCAUUCACGCAACUUCUUAUCGACCAGAUCGUGACCUAUUAUGACAAGUGUUGUGGAUGGUACAAAGCCAUGGUUACGAGAGUGUCUGCGCGCAAUCAUGGAGGCGGCGUCCGUUUGAAAGCUGCGGCAGCUUUUGUUGAAACAGGCGACAUCCGUGAUACAGUAGAAGAGCUGUGGAAAGGUUCCGGUGACAAGAAGCAGACUUUGAUUGAUACGGAAAUCGACUUGCUUCUCAAACGAACAAACGAAGUGCCUUUGGAGCCGUACGACAUCAUAUCCGACCCUAAGACUGUUGUCUCUCUUUCUCUUUUGUAUAACAGCAUGCAAUGGCUUGGAAGCCACCUUGCCAAAAUCCGCCUUGUUGUCGAGCACACAUCUGACGCCGAAUCAUCAAGUUUGACUGCAACCGGCCGGCCUUCACGCAGAUGGACCUUGUUCGGGGCCAUCAAACCCAAGCGUGAUAGUAUCAAUAACCCGGUGCAUUUGCCGCUCAAUCACGAGACAGUAGUAGCCUUCGAUGGGACUCUUGAAUCACUACACGGGCUUGGUACUACUGCACUUUUGACAAUGCACGUCGACAUCCGCUGCGGCAUCAUCCACAUGUUGACUAAGACCAUGUCCGGGCCAAACCCUCCUACACUACGCAACUCCGAGCCCGUAACUCCAUCCCCAAGUACGCAGGACAACUGGUGGCACAUCAUCAUGAACCAGCCAACAGCAGCAUCGCCCACGAUCCUCACAUUAAACAACGACCUCAUCGAAUUCGACACGAAUAUCUCGACAUAUCUCGGGUCCGUUGAGCGCUGGUUCAUCACAUCAGGUCUAGCCCGGUUCAUUGACCGCGUCUUUGUCGCCUGCACCCGGUACAUCGGGGCAAUGAACGAAAACGGUGCUCUGCGACUGCAACUCGACGUGCUCGUGCUGCAGCAGAACCUGAAGAACAUCAUUAUCGACCCAGCCAGUGAUGUCCCUUCCUCGACAACAGAUUUGCACGAGCAGGCCUCUCAGGAGGUCGUUGCCUUACCGCGAAGCGCCAAGUUCCUGGACUGGUUCCUCGAAGGCGCGGAAAAGUCCCUGGAUUACGCCAAGGAUGAAAAGGAGGCGUUUGCAUCUCAAGGUGCCAAGGCCUUGGCAGCUGGAAAUGGCGAGCCAUUCACAUAUGACGAGUUAUGUGUCCUGGUGGACUUGUGCUUCUCAGAGAUCCUCCGCGGCCCGCGUGGGGCAGAGAGCCGGGAGGACUUUAUGUCGGCGAAGAAGGCCAGUGCGGAUGCCCUACUAAGGCUGAACGAGAUCAUGUGGGACGCCCGGUAG